AUUUCACAUGCUUCAUAUUUCUACAAGGCAGGUGAAUACAAAUAUCAACAGCAAGAAUCUUUACGGGGCACUCCAUAAUCCAAAUGGAGUCUCUAAAAUAUCCCAUAUCUAAUGCGUUAACGACGGCUCAGAAAGUAGCCAUCAAGAAUGUUCGAGUUUUCAAUGGCGAGCAACUCACCGCGCCCACGUCAGUCGUGAUUGAUGGCGGAGUCAUCGUAUCAGAUGCUACUGGAGCACAGGAGAUUGACGGUGCCAACGGCGUUCUCAUUCCGGGACUGAUCGAUUCGCACGUCCACCUUGAAGGCGAACGACAUCUGCAACGAAUGGCCGACUGGGGUGUAACCACAGCCUUGGGGAUGGGAGAGUGGUGGCCAGAGAAGCUACACGCACUACGUAACCGUGAAGGCCUUACCGACAUCCGAAGCGCAUGUAUUCCCGCGACAACGCCCGGAAGUCUUCACAGCAAGCUACUCCCAAUUCCUCCAGAAACCCUCGUUUCCGGAUCGGGAGAUGCUUCGAGCUUUGUGAGAGACCGGCUAGCCGAGGGGGCAGACUACAUCAAAGUUAUUGCCGACCUUCCGGGGCCGGAUCAGCCAACGCUGGAUGCCCUGGUCUUUGCAGCUCAUGAACAAGGGAAGCUCGUGAUUACCCAUGCAGCGACAUAUAUUCCCUUCACAAUGGCGCUUGAGGCAAGGUCAGACGUCAUCACGCACGUCCCGCGGGAUAAAGCACUUGACGAUGAGUCUGUGGCGCGCAUGAUGACUGACAAGUCGGUAUCCGUCCCUACCCUAACCAUGAUGGAAACUAUGAGAUGGUUUAUCGGGACUGAAUCGUACGAGCAUUGCAAAGAGUCAGUUAUGCGUCUAUACAGUGCUGGUGUGCCUGUGUUGGUGGGGACAGAUUCAAACGAGGAGGAAGACUCACCGUUUCAGAUCCGCCACGGAGAGGCUUUACACCAUGAAUUAGAGCUCCUGGUUGAGGCCGGCAUGUCGACGGUUGACGCCUUGCGGGCGGCAACGUCUCUACCCGCGAAGAGCUUCGGACUGAGUGAUCGUGGGGUGAUUGAGCCAGGAAAACGAGCCGACUUGGUGCUCCUCCGUGAUAACCCCAUCAACGACAUUCGAGCAACGCGUUCAAUCCAGCGAGUUUGGUGUGGGGGAAUUGAACAUAUCAGAAACUAA